AGGGUAAAAGGCAUUUAAAUAAUUAUGUGAUUUCUAAGAUAUUUUUUAAGUAAAAAUGUCACAAGAACGACCAUUAAGAUGGGGAAUUUUUGGAUGUGGUAAAAUUUCUUUUGAUUUUUGUAUUGCGUUGUCAACACUAUCAAAAGAGAAACAUACUAUCGCCCAUGUAGCAGCAAGAGACAUUAGCAAAGCUGAAGAAUUUGCUCAACACUUUAAUGUAAAAUCGUUCAGUGGGAAUUAUGAAGAUGUUGCAAAAGAUCAAGAUAUUGAUAUAAUAUAUGUUGGUACUAUCAACCCGACACAUAAAUCUUUAAGCAUUUUAGCUAUGAGUCAUGGGAAACCUGUGCUUUGUGAAAAACCUGUAUGUAUGGAUUCUACAGAUUUAGAUGAGGUUUUGACAUGUGCAAAAGAUAAUAAUGUUUUUUUUAUGGAGGGAAUGUGGACCGCAUUCUUCCCAUUAUAUCGAGAGCUCUUAUCAAAUAUAGAGAGUGGGCUUUAUGGAGAUGUCAAUGUUGUGUCAUUAACAUUUGGCAUACAAAACCUUUUUCAAAAAGAUCGGUUAUGUAAGCCAGAGCUUGGUGGAAGUGUCUUAUUUGACAUAGGUAUUUAUACCUUAUUUGUUGCUGAUAUGUUGUUCCAAGGACUUCCUGUAAAACAACUCACUGCUUGUGGACAUAUUGAUGCAAGUACUGGAAUAGACAGAUCUGAAAGUGUCACGUUACUUUAUGAAGGGAAUAAAACUGCUCAAAUUUUGAUUGAUGGAGAUCAUCAAUUACCGAAUGAAUGCGUUAUAUUUUGUUCCGAGGGUACCGUGGUAAUUGAAGCCCCAUUUUGGUGCCCAUCAAAAUUCAUCUUUAAAAGAAACGAUGGCAAUGUUGAUGUUCGGUCAUUUCCUCUACCCGAUUCUGAACCUACAAACUUUAAACAUUCAGUGGGUUUAAGGUUCGAAGCAGAGCAUGUGCGAGAUUGCAUGUAUGCUGGAAGACUUGAAAGUGGAUUAGUAUCGCAUGCAACAUCAAAACGUAUUAUGUCCUUAAUGCAAGAAUGUAAAAAUCAGUUAAAACAAUAAUUUGUUUAGACAUAUAAUAUACAAUAAUUUACGAUAAUAA